CGGGCGCGCCUACAUCCCCACCUGCUCGCAUGGCUGUGACCAAGAUGAGGCUGCGGCGCCUGCUGCUGUUCCUGCUGGCGGCGGUGGCGGUGGCGGGGGCUGCGUCGGCCGCGACGGCGGCGGAGGACGACUUCGCCUUUGAGAACGCGCCCGAGGAAGAGGUCGCGCCCGCCGCCGCCGCGGCGGCGGCGGCGACGGGGGCGGGGGCGGGCAACGGGACGGCGGGAGGUGGGGCACGUCCCGCGGCCGGCGCCCCGUUCAACGCAGUGGGCGUGCCUGCCUCCGUGGACGCGUGGGUCUUUUGCUGCGUGCCUGACGACGCCUUCUCUGGAGACGUCCGCAGCUACGAGCUGGUGGGCGUGGCGCCGGCGUGGCUGCGGCUGGAGCGCACGUCGGGGCUGCUGGAGGGCGUGCCGGGCCCGGGCGACGCGGGCGACGUCUACCUGACGCUGCGCGCGCGCGGCGCCGCGGGCGACUCGGCCAAGGACGUGUUCGCCGUGGAGGUGCGGCCGCGGCCCGCCUCCGCGCGGGACCUGCGCGCCCAGGCGCAGUGCGUGCCGGGCGAGGACGCCGUGAUGGUGACGGUGGUGCUGGACGCGUCCUUCGACGCCAUGAGCGCCCAGCAGCGCGCCGCCGCCAUCAAGAACGCGGCGGGCUUCCUGGCGCUGGCGCCGUCCGCGCUGUGGCUGGGCCCGCUGCCCCGGGGCGCCGGCGCCGGCGGUGCGGGCGGCGCCGGGCGCGAAACGACCUGC